AUGGGAGCCGGUCACGAGGCGACGGCCAAUGCCAAAGAGAGCAUUGCUUGGGGUACCAAUAUCGUGGGAGGUGUCACCCCCAAGAGAAAUGGGGAACACCUUGGACUUCCUGUCCUGCCUACCGCGAUGGAAAAGCUGAGACCAGAUGCAACUGGAAUCUACGUAGCAGCCCACCAAGCACCAGCCGCUAUUGAAGAAGCCAUCGCUGCAGAAGUACCGCUCAUUGUAGCUGUUGCUGAACAUAUCCCUAUCCAUGAUAUCAUGAGGAUACACUCCAUGUUGAAGACUCAAACUAAGUCCAGGCUUGUAGGUGCGAACUCUCCCGGCAUCAUAUCCGCGAUUGGGAAGUGCAGAAUUGGCUUCCAGCCCCUCCCGUGCUUCAUGCCUGGACGAGUAGGCAUAGUUGCGAAAUCGGGUACCUUGAGUUAUGAAAGUGUUGCGUCUACAACCAGAGCUGGACUUGGACAGAGUCUAUGUGUUGGCAUGGGUGGCGACGUUCUCGCUGGCACUAACUUUGUUGACGCUUUGAAUAUUUUCGAGCAUGAUGAUGAAACGGAAGGAAUCAUUCUCAUUGGUGAGAUUGGAGGCGAGGCAGAGUUGCAUGCUGCCGAGUGGAUCAAGGGGUACAGGAAGCGAUCUCCGAACCCCAAACCCAUUGCAGCCUGUAUAGGAGGUUUCAAUGCUGCUCCCGGUAGAGUGAUGGGCCAUGCUGGAGCCUUCACACUUCCUGGCGAGCCAGAUGCGUUGACCAAAGUCAAAUACCUCUCGGAAGCAGGAGUAACCAUGGUCAACCACCCCGAAAAGUUCGGAGAAGCAAUGAAAACAUUGCUCGGUAGCUCAGGGCGAGCCGGCACCGGUGCCGCAACAUCAGGCGCUUCCCAGCGCAGAGGCAUGCACACCAUGCGCAGAGUCCGACCAAUCACAUAUGAACCAGUCCCCAGCCCACCUGGUGCCGUUCAAAAGCGAGCCUUGUACAUCCGCGAAACCUUCGCCUUGGACCUCCUCAGAGAGAGGGGCUUCAACGCAUCUGGCUACUCGGGUACAGGCCAAAGGCACAUGCUCGCCGUAGCUGUCGACCGCGUUGCCCUAUCCCCUUGCAUCAUCGCUUCUCCCGCCUCGGAAGCAGAUCAGAUUCACGCCUUGGCAAAGAAGUUCCCCUUCGACUAUCGCAAAGGAGUAGACGCCUCCCAGAUAGCCGCCAUAGCCGAGCAUCUCCAACUAGGCAAAACAUCCAAAGGCUCCCUAUCCAAAAUUGUCAACGGACUUGUGGACCUGUACAUAGAGAAAGAGGCUUUCCUGCUUGAAACGCUCUUGGUGGAGCGGCUGGGAGACCUAAAAGUCGUAGGCGCGAAAUUCGGCUUCGACGACGCCGCAUUCCGUUCCACCAAGCGUCAGGGCGACGUUCACGCCCUGCGCCGCACCGAAGACGAAGACCCCUCCGAAGUCGAAGCCGAGAAGCACGGCAUCGUCUACAUCAAGCUCGCCGCUCCCGGCGCCAAAAUCGGGACGCUCGUCAACGGGGCCGGACUCGCGAUGAACACCGUCGAUGCCCUGGCCGACGCAGGUGGUCUCGCGGCCAACUUUCUCGACACGGGCGGGAAGGCGACGAGCGAGACGGUGAAGAAGAGCUUUCAGGUCAUCCUGCAGGACGAGCGGGUCAAGGUGGUGUUUGUGAACAUCUUCGGCGGGCUGACGCUGGGGGACAUGAUCGCGAACGGGAUCUUACUCGCAUUUAAGGAGCUGGAGAUGCAAGUCCCAGUCGUGGUGCGGAUCCGGGGCACGAAUGAGGAGGAGGGGCAGAGAAUCAUCGCCGAAAGCGGCCUGCCGCUCCACGCCUUUGCCGACUUUGAAGAGGCGGCCGCCAAAGCUAUCGAGCUGGCGAACAGGGCAUAG